UACUCACUAGAGCUUAUUCUUCUACCUAUAAAUAGACAAAACUCACUAGAGCUAACUCUUCUACCUAUAAAUAGACAAAACUCACUAGAGCUAACUCCUCUACCUAUAAAUAGACAAAACUCACUAGAGCUAACUCUUCUACCUAUAAAUAGACAAAACUCACUAGAGCCAACUCUUCUACCUAUAAAUAGACAAAACUCAUUAGAGCUAACUCUUCUACCUAUAAAUAGACAAAACUCACUAGAGCUAACUCCCCUACCUAUAAAUAGACAAAACUCACUAGAGCUAACUCCUCUACCUAUAAAUAGACAAAACUCACUAAAGCUAACUCCUCUACCUAUAAAUAGACAAAACUCACUAGAGCUAACUCUUCUACCUAUAAAUAGACAAAACUCAUUAGAGCUAACUCCUCUACCUAUAAAUAGACAAAAUUCACUAGAGCUAACUCUUCUACCUAUAAAUAGACAAAACUCACUAGAGCUAUCUCCUCUACCUAUAAAUAGACAAAACUCACUAGAGCUAACUCCUCUACCUAUAAAUAGACAAAGCUCACUAGAGCUAUCUCUUCUACCUAUAAAUAGACCAUACUCACUGGAGCUAACUCUUCAACCUAAAAAUAGACCAUACUCACAAGAGCUAACUAUUCAACCUAAAAAUAGACCAUACUCACUAGAGCUAACUAUUCUACCUAUAAAUAGACCAUACUCACAAGAGCUAACUUCUCUACCUAUAAAAUGA